GCACUGUGCAGCCAGCACCCAUGACUACAUCCCGGUCUGGGUGGGCCAGGAUUCCCCUGCCUGGGCCCUCUGUGGCCACCUUCCUGCAGUUUUUGUUCCUGGGGCUGAGUGCCCUCGCAUCACCCUCAAGAGCCCAACUGGAGCUGCAUGUGCCUGCAGGCCUGUCCAGGUUGCAAGCGGCGGAAGGUUCCGAGGUGGUGCUGCCCGUGUGGUAUACCCUGAAUGGGGAGUUGCCUUCAUCUCAGCCUUGGGAGGUGCCUGUGGUGAGGUGGUACUUGUAUCAGAAAGGGAAGCAAGAGAUCCAUGUGUUAUCUUAUGGCAUUGGAGGUAUGUACAGCAAGCCCAGAGCAUCUCUGCUCUACCCUGAGCCCUCCCGGAACAUGUCACUUCGGCUGCAGGACCUCCAAGAGGAAGACUCUGGGUCUUACCGUUGUACUGUGUUUAUAUAUGACAAUCAAUUAAAAGAGCUGGGACACCGCAUCAUAAGCUUGGAUCUGGAUGUGCUGGUUCCUCCUACUUCUCCAUCCUGCCAUCUCCAGGGCGUGCCCCGUGUGGGGAACAAUGUGGCCCUGAGCUGCCAGUCCCCAAGGAGUAAGCAUGCUGUCCAAUACCAGUGGGAGAGGCUGCUCCCAUCCUCCCAGGUCUUCUAUCCACCAGUUUUAGAUCCCAUUCGUGGGUCCUUAAGACUAACAAGCCUGUCCACUUCCGUGUCCGGAGUCUACAUCUGCAAAGCCCACAAUAUUGCUGGCAGUGCCCAGUGCAAUAUCACCCUGGAAGUGUGCACAGGGCCUGGGCCUGCAGUGGUUGCUGGAGCUGUUGUGGGCACGCUGAUUGGAUUAGGCCUGCUGGCCGGGUUGGUCCUUUUGUACCAACGCUGGAAUCAUGGCCUAUAGGAGCCAGCUCAUGAUAUCAAGGAGGAUGCCACCGCGCCCAGGACCCUGCCCUGGCCCAAGGGUUCAGAUACACUCUCCAAGAAUGGAACCCUUUCCUCUGUCACCUCAGCACGAGCCCUCCGACCACCCCACGGCCCUCCCAGGCCGGGCACACUAACUCCCACGCCCAGUCUGUCUACCCAGGCCCUGCCCUCACCAAGGCUGCCUAGAACAGAGGAAGCCCAUCUUCAGGCAGGGUCACCAAGCCCUGGCAGAGUUUCUUCCUCUGCUCUGGGUCGCAUGGGAGCUGUGGCUGUCAUAAUGCCUGCCCAGAACCAUGCUGGGUCUCUGGUGUGAUGGCCCCCCCACUCCUUCUGGUUUCUCUCCUUUCUAGAGGGUCUCUCCUAGGACAGAGGUCAAUUCUGGGAGAGCGACACAUUCCAGAUCAACAAUCCUCUGCUCCCCCUUAUCUUUAUGAGAAAAUUGAGAAUCAUGAGAAGCUAAAUUCUAGGAAGUAGAAGGAACAGAGACAGUGGGCCUGGUGUUUGCAAGACCCUCCUCCCUCUCCAUCCCACCCAAUAUACACAGCUGAGUGCUAAUAAGACUGGCUACUCCCCAAGGCCUUUGUGGGAAUUGCCAGUCAGUGGCUCCUCUAGGCUCCCCUCUUUGUCCGUCAUCCCUACCUAACGUCAUCCUCUGCCCUCAUCCAGUUUCUGGCAUUAAUUCAUCUAAAUGGUCCUGCUGGCUUGCUUGGUUUUUUGUAGGCAGGGGAUAGGGAAGAUAUUUUUUUAAAAACUAACUUGAAAUGUCAUUUUGCUUUUGUAAACAUCAAUAAAGACAAACUGUGCAUGUAUAAAAAGUGA